UGUGCGUUGACUCAGCUGUCUCAUUGUGUCUUACUUGAAUGACACUGGACGAGGGAUGAAACUUGAAUGACACUGGACGAGGGAUGAAAAUAGCUAACCAUGUCGCUGGAUUUUGUUGACAAAUGGCCCAUCUGUAGUGUCCUUGACCCAGAAACUUUGGCCACCAUCAAGAAGAUCUGCGUAUUUGGGAGCUCUGGGAAUGAGGCCAUCUAUAUAACAAAGAACGAUGACGUAUAUGCCAUGGGGUCCAACUGUAGCAGCUGUUUAGGACUGGGUGAUGCACACAGCAGCUUUGAGCCACGUAAGAUUGAACCCCUGUGUAAGAAGCAAAUCAAGUCCCUGGCCUAUGGCAGUGGACCCCAUGUUGUGGCCUGCAUUGCAAAUGGUGACAUGUACAGCUGGGGUCACAAUGGCUACUGUCAGCUGGGGAAUGGGAAUUCCAACCAGGGCAUGGCCCCAAACCUCAUCACCACUAACCUACAGUCUAAGAAGAUUGUCCAGGUGGCUUGUGGUAGCCAUCACUCGCUGGGGCUUACAGAGGAAGGGGAGAUCUUUGCUUGGGGACAGAAUAACUGUGGUCAGAUAGGAUCAGGCACAACAACAAACCAGCCCACCCCCAGGAAAGUCACAGCCAUUAUAGGCACCCGGAAGGCCACAUCAGUAGCUUGUGGACAGACCUCGUCCAUGGCGUUAAUGGAUAAUGGGGAGGUGUAUGGCUGGGGUUACAAUGGUAACGGUCAGUUAGGACUUGGGAGCAAUGUGAACCAACCUAACCCCUGUAAGGUACAGGCACUGUCAAAUGUCAUCGUUACUCAGAUUGUCUGUGGAUACGCCCACACCUUGGCUCUCACGGACGAGGGCUGGCUGUUUUCAUGGGGAGCUAACUCUUAUGGGCAGCUUGGCACAGGGAACAAAGCUAACCUUGUGUCUCCCAACAGGAUAAACAGUGAAGAGAGGUUUGUGGAGAUUGCGGCAAGCCAUUACUCGCACAUUUCUGCUGGCCUGACACAAACGGGAAAGGUUUUUAUGUGGGGCCAGUGUCGUGGACAGUCCAUUACCUCACCUAUGCUAUCUCGAUUCUCAACGACAGACGACAUUUUUGCGACAUUCGCAUGCCCUCAGGUCACUUGGAGGCUGUAUUCUGUGGAUGAAGUUCCUGGGCGAGAUAUCAUAACUGACAUUUCCAAGUCAUUUGAUGAUGCAUCUACCAGUGAUGUAAAAUUUGUGGCAGAAGGGAGAGAAAUCUGUGUACACAAAUCGAUUCUGAAGAUACGGUGUGAUCACUUCAGAUCUAUGUUCCAAGCCCAUUGGGAUGAAGACAAGAAAGAUGUAAUAGAGGUGAACUAUCCCUAUACUGUGUACAAAGCCUUCCUCAGCUUCCUCUAUACAGAUAUGGUGAAUCUCUGUCCAGAAGAAGCUAUAGGACUGUUGGAGUUAGCCAAUAGUUACUGUGAAACAUCGCUGAAGAAGGAAUGUGAGCAGAUCAUAAAGCAAGGUAUCACUGUAGAGAACGCUGCCAUGCUGUAUGCAGCUGCCAUUAAGUUUGAUGCCAGGGAGCUGGAGGAGUUCUGUUUCAGGUUCGCUCUGAAUCACCUGACAGCCGUCACACAGACAGAAGCUUUUUCGCAGCUUGAUGAGAGUAUACUGAAGGGCUUCAUCAUGAAGGCUGCACAAGCUGGGGCAUUCAAGUACUGAACGAGGGGACCAUGGAUAGGGCACUCAGGUACUGUGGAUAGGGCACUCAAGUACUGAACGAGGGUGCUAUGGAUAGGGCACUCAGGUACUGUGGAUAGGGCAAUCAAGUACUGAACAAGGGUGCUAUGGAUAGGGCACUCAAGUACUGAAUGGUGGUGCAUGGAUAGGGCACUCAGGUACUGUGGAUAGGGCACUCAAGUACUGAAUGGUGCUGCAUGGAUACUGCACUCAAGUACUGAAUGGUGGUGCCAUGGAUAGGGCACUCAAGUACUGAACAAUGGUUCCAUUAAUAGGGCACUCAAGUACUAAAUGGUGCUGUGAAUAGGGCACUCAAUUACUAAACUGUUGUUUCGUGGAUAGGGCACUCAAGUACUAAACUAGGGUUUUAUAGAUAAGGCACUCAAGUAAUAAAUUCUGUUGCAAACUGUAGUCAAUGGUAAAAGGUUUCACUUCUGCAGUACUUGACAUGGACAGGGCACUAAAUGUACUAUUAUAGGCUGUAGUCAUUGAAAUGUUCUUCAUUGCUAAACUGUGGUGUCAUGGACAUCGCACUUUAACAGGACCAUGAUAAACCGUUGUCAUGGAAU